GAGGCAAUCGUAAAACGCUCGGGCUCUAACAAGCGAUGUUGCCUCGGCUUUCAGCGGUGUGCAGCGAGCUGAUGCGCAUUCAAGUGCAGCUGCUCCAGCGCCAAGGUGCGCCGUUGCUGUUGGCCCACGAAGGAGUGCAGCUGCUGCGAGAAAACCUCCCUGGAGUAGAACUGACGACCUCGCGGGACGCAGAAACGCUGAAACUCGUACCGAAGCUGCUUCGCGCGAGUUCAACGGUGUUGCGGUUUGUGCCAGACGAAGACGCGCUGGCUGCGCUAGAUGCGCUGGACCACUGUGCGGCAGUGGUCGGUCAGUACAGCGCGGGUGGACACGUGGAGCGCAAUUACAACCUGCACGACGUCUGCUCGCUGCUCCGCUCGAUAAGCGUGUUGGACGACUGUCAAGGUCGACUGAUGGAGCUGAGCGAAUUGUCAUCUCCUUCGUGCUUUCCCUCUUCAUCGGACGGCUUAUCUCCAUCUUCGCGGCCCACACGAGUCUCCACCUCAUCUUCUCAUGUAUCUGCCCAAACGAAGCGAUUUGGCGCGCUGCUUGUUCCCGUGUACACACACGCCAUGCAGCUCUGGACUCUGCCGCGCGAGAACGCAUCCACACUGAGCAUUCUCUCCCUUAUCGAUGCUAACAGCCGCGUACACGGUCAAAGCUUCAAUUUCCCUGCCAUCAGCGCCGACCAAAAUGGGUUACUGCCCAUCAAGGCGAAGAUACACAUGGAGGCCAAAAUGCAGCGCUGCCGCGGUGCACGUGGCCUCCUCGCCGCGUUGCGGGACUGUGCGUUCAAUCGCGUGGACGCAGGCAUGAGCCUCGCCACGAUGGCCCGGACGGGACUCUAUGACGCGGAAGUCUGUAAUCGCAGCUGCGAGACGCUUUACGCCCAGCACGCCCUCCUAUCAAGUCAGCAACUUUGCCAGGUGUUGUUUCACUUGGGCACGCUGCAGCACCGGCACAUCCACCAGAAGUAUUUCUCGAGUCUCGUGGAACCGCGCGACUGCAACGCGGAGGCGAUGCGGCAGCACGUGCUGGGUCUCGCGAUGCUCCGCCAACCGCCACCGAGUGAAACGGCAUUGAUGAACGGCGUCUUCCUGCACGCCCUACGCACCACCCACGCAAACCGACGGCACCGCGACGACGGGUCGUCUUCUUCUCCUUCCUUCUACUCCCACGGCGACGGUGAACGACGACACUCAGGCGGACGUCGCCUUUCUCACCUAUCACCACAGGCGCAACGCGCUAUUCAGGACCCGCUCAACGACGAAACUUACACCCUCUCUCCGCAAUGGUACAUCGACGUGGGCCACGGCCUCAGCUGUCUCGGCAUUCAACACCCUAAGUACAAACUCAUGGUGGCGCGUCAGACGCGACGCAGCAUCGGCUGCCUCACCACCGCUGAGCGCUGCAAGUUGUUGUACGCCACGGGCGGUCUGUCCGCAGCACAGGUGCCGGUGGAGCUGCGUGCGGCGUGGAAGUCUAAGGUAGACCGCAGCAUCGCUAUUACGGUGGAAAAGCUGAAAGACAUCGAACCGCACGAGGGACCGUGCGUCAUGAACGCACUGCGCUACUGCGACAUCCGUGAGCACCCCCGCAUCCCACGCGCCCCGAAGCUCGACUUGGACGAGAACCCGAUGGAUGUGCUGCUCCGCACGUGGUCGACGGUGCCGAAGGAAAGGGUAAUGCAGCUGACGGAGCAGAUCAAACCGCAGCACCUUCGCACAAGCACGCACAAGGCCGCCGCGACCGCCCUCACCAACGUGGUGGCGCACGUCGCAGCGACUUUCGACGACGUCCCGCAAGAGCAGUCGCAUCGACUGGAGCCCCUCUGCGCCGCAGUUGACGCGCACAGCGCAGAGAUGACGGUGGAGGACACGAUGCGUACGCUGCAAGCGUUACGGAAGAUGGGCCGCACCGGACCACGACAGCAGGAAGCGGUGCGCAACCUCUUGAUGAAUCUGUGGACGCGUCGGUACGACCUUGAGGGGGAACAGCUGACGCGGUGUUGCGCCUGUGUGCAACACUGGCCCGAGGUGCCCGAGGCCAUGGAACUCCUGCAAUUCGCAGCCUCGCACUGA